UAUUGGUGAAUAUAAAAAAAUCAAUGUAAAUCUGCCUUGUGAUAUCAUCAUGCACUAUGUAAUAUAGACGAAGGAAUGUUUGCUCUUUCGGUUUGUUGAUUUAAAAUUACCAUAAAAAGUAUCAUGGCGUCUAAGACCCAUGUGGAAAAUAUUGUUAACGAACGUCGAUUACGUCCGAUUUACGAUUGGUUGGAUAAUGGAAACAAUAAAAAAGCCCUUCAAGAAGCAGAUAAAGUGCUUAAAAAACAUCCAAGCAAUCAGUGUGCCAAAGUGCUCAAAGCUUUGGCUUUAUUACGACUUGGUAAAGAAAAUGAGUGUCAAAUUAUCAUGGAUGAGGUACGGUUGGAAGUACCAUGCGAGGAUUCUACUCUGCAAGUUAUGAGUAUUUGUUAUAGAGAAAUACAUCAACCAAAUAAAAUUAGCGAAGUGUAUGAGGCUGCAGCAAAAGCAGAUCCGAACAAUGAAGAAUUAUUGACUCACCUUUUUAUGUCAUAUGUACGACUCGGAGAUUAUAAAAAGCAACAACAAACAGCGCUUGCUUUAUAUAAACUAAAACCAAAAAAUCCUUAUUAUUUUUGGGCUGUGAUGAGUAUAGUUAUGCAGGCCACACAUGCAGAUGAAAAAUUGGCGAAAGGAGUUACUUUGCCUUUAGCAGAAAGAAUGGUAUUGAAACUAAUUAAAGAAGGAAAAAUGGAAGCCGAACAAGAAGUCCAGCUUUAUUUAAUGAUAUUGGAGCUUCAAGGUAAAAGCGAAGAAAUGUUAAAUGUUUUAUCCGAACCCUUAGCAUCGCAUCUUUCGUCGAUUCCACAACGCAAGGCAGCACUUUUACUAAAAUUGGAACGUUUUCCUGAAGCUGCCGAUGCAUAUAAGGAACUUAUCAGAGAAAAUAUCGACAACUGGGCAUAUUAUCAAGACUAUGUUUUUGCGGCUCUUAAAUACCAGAAACCGGAAGAGUGUUUAGAUUUUUUAAAUAAGAUCAUAACUACAUCAGAGAAAAAAGUCAGGGCUCCGUAUCUUGCAAAGUUUGAACUAUUGAAACACACUCAAAAUAAAGAAAUCAUUGAAAAUACUGCAGAUCCAGUGGAUCUAAUGCAUCAGUAUUUCUCACAAUUUGGAGAGAAAGACUGUGUAGUUGGAGAUUUACGACUGUACUUAGAUUUGUUAACUCCUACUGGCAGAUCACAGUUGCUUCAAAAAAUAGAAGAAGAUGUAGGUGUUAAGCCAGACGAAUUUUCAACUACUGUACAACAGAUGCAGAGACAUAUUCAUUUAGAACAAUUACGUCGUAUUUGUGGAUUCCAUCAGUCCCCAAAUGUAGGCAUAAAUGAACAAAAACAACUAGUGGAACGAUUAUGUAAAUUAUAUGAGAAGGGUAAUGAAUUAUGUCCAAUUCAAGAAAGAUUACCAACAGAUUUUUGUCCUGCGGAUUCUUACAUCCUUUUAGCUACACAUUUAUUACACGAACUAUGGUACAGUACUAGCGACGCGUCUUACUUGUACAGGGCAAUGGCGAUAUUAGAACGUGGUUUAGUAUCGAGUCCUGCAAAUUUUCAUCUAAAAAUUUUAUUAGUGCGAAUAUAUUUGGAAGCAGGAUUAGUAGGUUCUGCAGAUCAUGUUUUCACAUUGUUGGACGUUAAACAUAUUCAGUUAGAUUCGUUGGGUCACUUACAUGCACCAUUGCUUGCUCCUCUAGGCCAUCUUUCAUUGGCUUCCACAACUUUAGAUCACUCUACUAAAUUUUUCAUUGCAAAUUGCAAGGAUAGUGCAGAUCAUCUAACGUUUGCCUAUAAAUAUGGAAGUUUUAUAAAGAUUCAAGAAUUCGUGGAGUUAAGAGAACGUUUGGAGAACUCCUUUCACUUUGUUAUGACUACUGUAGAUAAAAUGAUCCUCGAAUUAAGUUGGUGCGAUAGUUCCACAUCGCUGAUUUCUACUUUAAAUAAUAUGCAUAUUCAACCCAGCGAGGAUUCAAUUCGACUGAAUUCUUUACGAGAUAACCGUGAUUUGGAGGUUAUUCGUGAUUGGGAACCGUUCACAGAAAAUGGAAAAGACCCCAGGAUGCAAGAAGAAACACGAGUAUGCAUGUUAAGAUUACUUGCAGCGAGGAACUUAAUAUUGAAAAUCUUAGCAGCAUGUGCAAUGCCUGAUAGUUCAUCUCUUCUUACCCGAUUAUCUAGUGAAUUAAAACAACUGGAUACCGAGCAAAUUCCUUCAGCACUUCAAAAAUUUGAAUCAGAGGGAAAGAAAAAUAGACCUUGUAAAAUGUUGGUUCCUAUGGAUGCAGUGGAAAGGUUACGUGAAGCUCAUUACUCUGAGCAAUUGAAAACGAUUGCUCGGCUUGCAGAGUCACUGUCUCAUUCACAUUAUCCUGACUUCGAAUGUAUCCAAAUGUUACAAGCAUCUCCAUGUCUUCAAACAAUAGACAUCCCCGAAAAGGGCAUUCCGGUGUCCUUUAAGCAUUUUCUGCUAAGAGCAUCCACAUGUAGUGAGUCUCUUGCAAUUAUUAGUGCCAUAUGUACUAUGUGCGCAAGGCAGUUACAACCUGAAACCACGCACAAGAAAAACAGAAAAAAAUACUGUAAGAACAUAAAAACCGUUUCUUUAAAUGACAACGAUCAUAGCUGGAAAGAUGUUGCAGUAUUACUUACAGAAAGGAUUCAAAAUUUAGAUUCGGUACUAACAGAAUUCGAAAAGUUUCAGCUACAUACAAGAUUGAGCAGUAACGAAUAUGAUAUACGUAUACCGAUAAUAAAGUAUGGCCAAGUUAGUUUAGGACAAAGUUGCAGAUCGUUAAAAUCUCGAGCUCAAAUCUCAUUGAAACUCUUAAAUAGCUUGAGAAGGUGAAAUUGUACAAAAAUUCUUGUACAAAGAAUAUCCAUCCAAUUGUUUACUGAUUUAUAAAAGUGAUUCAUUUAUUAUGUACAUUAUUUUUAGUCUAAUCAAAUUAUAAAUAUCGACUGAACGCUUAUUGCAAAUUAAAAUUUUUGAAAUGAUCUUUCUUUCGCACUAAAUUCACACCAUUUAAUAAUUUAAUAGUCUUUCUUUUAUACAAGCUUGACCUUCAUUGUGUCUUUUCUUUCAAAACAGCACACUGCCAGUUGUUAAUACGAACUUGUGUUUCAAAAUAGGUGAGCAAUACAUUUCAUACAAAUUUGUAAAAUUUGGGAUAAAUAACAUUGUCAUGUGAGAUGAAGCACAUAAAUUAAUUUUUUGGUUGUUUUGUCUGUACAUAUACAUUUUGAGUUAAGUACAUAAUUUUCAAUAAACUACUUAAAUCUUUCUUUACGGGAAUAGUAUAUCUUACUGAAAAAUGUGUAUAAAUUGUUUUAUAGAUGGAACGUGUCACAAAUUGUGAUAUUAUGAAUUAAUUUAACAAAACCUGUUUUAUGUCAAAGUUACGUAUUUGUACUUUGCCUCCUACAUUGUAUAUUAAUAAAUUUAUUACUUG